GUGAUACCAAAUUAUUAUUUAAACUUUAAAAUUAUGAAACAGAUGAUCUAUUAAAAUACAUGAAUGGAUAAAUAUCUCAACAAGAGCAAAUGUAUAGGAAUUAGGAGUAAAGCGUGCUUGUACUAUUUUUUCUUUUUAUGUAUAAUGUACAUUGACUGCUGACUACUGUGAAUAGUGAAUAGUGUAAAUUAAUUAAUUAAAUACUUCUCACCUAUCAGCUAUCACAACACAUUCUCAACACUAUCACGUUUAUAGUAGAUAAUAGAAUAUUCUAAAAAUUUAAUAUCUAUAGAGAUAAGAGUUACUAAUCCGAAUUUUCAAAUAUUAUUAUUUAUUUAUUUGUUUUUCAAAUUGUUCGAAAACUUGAACGAUUUAAUGAAUAUAAUGUAUUUUAAAACUUAACUAACCUAAGAUAAAAGUUAUGAAGUAGAAUUUAAAUUUUGUAAUAUAAUAAAAUUAUCAUGUCAAAAAAAAAUCGAAAACUCUUUUCAACAAGAACCCAAAAAUACAAAAAGAGCAUAGAAGAAUGUACAAAUAUCAUUGCCACUUCUCCUUUUUGGAUACAAUUUUCAGCAACUAUUAAAAUGGUACUAAAUGGAUCCAAUCCAUCAUCAAUUCUAUGCUAUGGACUAGGAAAUUUUUUUGAGAGUAUACAAUCUAAAUACCAGUUAGGUUUACUUUUAACAAUUAAGAAUGAAUUUAAAGUGAAAAACUGUUAUGUUUAUGAUCCUAAAUUCACGGAUGCUGAACGUACCCAUUUAGCUGAAGUUGGAUGUGAUUCACUUUGUGAAAAUGAAGAAGGAAAACGGCGUUUGUUACCUGGUACAUUUGUAUAUAUGCCUCAUUGUCCAAAACAGUUAUUAAAUAAUUUAUUAUGGGCUAAUUGGAAUAAGGAAAUAUUAACAAAUUGUAUAAUUGUUUGUAAUAGUAUUGAUCAAACAGUGACUUCAACUUUAGACCGGAUUUUAAAUAAAUAUGCUUAUUAUGUACAAAAAAUAUCUCCAUACGUCAUAGAAAAAAAAUGUUGUGAUAACUUUAUUUAUGAUGAUGUUUUCAAUGAUAUGGCACUUCAUAUAUUUCCUGAUGAAAAAUUUAAGGAACUAGAAAAUAUUUUUUGGGAACGUGGUAAAGAACCAUUGUAUGAUAAUGAUGAGUUAGAAUUUAUAACAAAAUUUGAAUGUAUGUCUUUCCAAUCUUAAUAAAUAAUCUUUAUAAUUCCUAAAAAUAUUAACAUAAUUAUUUUUUGAUGAUUCAUUUAUAAAUUACUAUUGUUUGUUUAUAUAUUUUACUGAUAUUGUGCAUUGGACAC